CGCGAGCUAUGUAAAUGAGGAACCGCAUCACCGCUGACGUCACCCGGGCCAGCCUGAUAUAUAACUGUAUUCCUCCGCCGGGGCUUCUGCGCAGAGCAUUGAACAGCAGCAACGGGGAGACAAUACCGACAGAAAACAGCAGAACAAGAUGGCAAGUACCAAGGAAAAGCUCAUCCACAACGUGGUGGCCGAGCCCGCCGCCUCCCAAAAUAAGAUCACCAUUGUCGGCGUCGGCGCGGUCGGCAUGGCCUGUGCCAUCAGCGUCCUGCAGAAGGAUCUGGCCGAUGAGCUCGCCCUGGUGGAUGUGAUUGAAGACAAACUGAAGGGGGAGAUGAUGGAUUUACAACAUGGCAGCCUCUUCCUGCGGACCCCGAAGAUCGUCUCCGGCAAAGAUUACAGUGUCACAGCCAAUUCUAAGCUGGUGGUUGUCACAGCCGGAGCCCGUCAGCAGGAAGGAGAGAGCCGCCUGAACCUGGUGCAGCGCAACGUCAACAUCUUCAAAUUUAUCAUUCCCAAUAUUGUAAAGUACAGUCCUAACUGCAUCCUGCUGAUCGUCUCCAAUCCUGUUGAUGUAUUGACCUACGUAGCCUGGAAAAUCAGCGGCUUCCCCAAGCACCGUGUCAUCGGCAGCGGCUGCAACCUGGACUCCGCUCGCUUCCGCUACCUCAUGGGGGAGAAGUUGGGCAUUCACUCCCUCAGCUGCCACGGCUGGGUCAUCGGUGAACACGGAGACUCCAGUGUGCCCGUCUGGAGCGGGGUGAAUGUGGCCGGCGUCUCCCUGAAGACCCUGAACCCCGACAUGGGAACAGAGAGCGAUAAAGAGAACUGGAAGGAGGUUCACAAACAAGUCGUCGACAGUGCUUAUGAAGUGAUUAAGCUGAAGGGAUACACAUCCUGGGCCAUCGGCCUCUCGGUCGCAGAUCUUGCUGAAACUACCCUGAAGAACCUCAGACGUGUUCAUCCCAUCUCCACAAUGGUCAAGGGAAUGUACGGUAUAAAGGAGGACGUCUUCCUCAGUAUCCCAUCGGUCCUGGGUAACCAGGGUAUCACGGAUGUGGUAAACAUGACCCUGAAGCCUGACGAGGAGGAUCGUCUCAGGAAGAGCGCGGACACGCUAUGGUCUAUCCAGAAGGAGCUGCAGUUUUAAGCCGGCCCCUUUUCCUCCCCGUUCGCGCGUCUGUCGUCUUUUCAUUGUGUCUUUUACGUUGCACUGAGUAGGUCAAUUCCCCUUCGUCUGUAAACCGUAAAAAAAAUCGCCAACUCGCAAUGUUCCCAUCUGUAGCGGCCGCCGGAGCGUAACACUGUCGUAUGGUAGCGCGUGGCACUUGGUUGUUAAAGGGUUAAAUUUGCAAUCUCUGGGAUUAACAAAUCAUCUUUAAUGUCUGAAUUCAUACAUCAUGUGUCCAUUGACCAAAUAGAAAGAUCCUGAGACCCUAUGGCGGGGUUUUCCCAACUGGCGUGCCUCCAGCUGUUGCAAAACUACAACUCUCAGCAUGCCCGGACAGCCUUCGGCUGUCCGGGCAUGCUGGAAGUUGUAGUUUUGCAACAGCUGGAGGCACGCCAGUUGGGAAAACCCCACCAUAUAAAAUCCUGCCGUGUCAGGAUGGUUGUUUACAUAAAGUAUAUGUUCCCGCCAUCAGAGAGAGAAUCUAUAUACAGAGUCUAUAUAUAUAUAUAUCAGUGUCUCCUAUGUUGUCCGUUUUCUCCGUUUACACCUGAAAGGGCAGCAUGGAUUUGGCACUAAUAAAAAACAAAUAUUUACGAAA